CUCACCGUUCCAAUUGCUCCCCACCCCGACCGCAGUGCUCGCCGGAGAUCUCACUACCGCACGGCCGCGAGCCCACCACGCCCGCGGCCAUGUCGUCCGGCUCCGGCUCCACGCUGAUGGAUCUCAUCACCUCGGAUCCAGCGCCGCCCUCGGCCGCCGGCGCGUCGUCGCAGCAGCCGUCCUCGGGCGGCUCAUCGGGGAGGUCCGCGCCGGCGCCGGCGCCGGCGCCCGCCCCGGCGGAUCGCAAGUCGAAGAGGGCCACCCUGAUGCAGAUCCAGAGCGACACCAUCUCAGCAGCCAAGGCCUUCAACCCCGUCAAGAACCUUCCCCAGCGCAACAGGAAGAAGAAGCCCGUCUCGUACUCGCAGCUGGCGCGGAGCAUCCACGAGCUUGCAGCGACGUGCGACCAGAAAAGUUCCCAGAGGCAGCUCGUCAACAGUGUGUUCCCCAAGCUCGCGGUGUACAAUUCUGUGGAUCCUUCGGUGGCUCCGUCUCUUCUCAUGCUCCACCAGCAAUGCGAGGACAAAAAUGUUCUGCGCUACGUAUACUACUAUCUUGCCCGGAUUUUGUCAGAUAAUGGCUCCCAGGGUUCAAGUGCUGCCGGUGGCAUACCCACACCGAAUUGGGAUGCUCUUGCCGACAUUGAUGUUGUUGGAGGAGUGACUAGAGCAGAUGUCGUGCCCAGAAUUGUUAAUCAGCUUUCAGCAGAAUCCACCAGCGAUGAUGUUGAAUUUCACGCGCGGAGACUUGCGGCUCUGAAGGCCCUAACAUCCUCUUCCACAAGCAGUUCUGAGAUGUUGGAAAAGCUUAGUGAGAUUGUGUUUGGCAUUUUGGAAAAGGUGGCAGAUUCUAAACAGAAACGAAAGAAAGGUAUAUUUACCAAGCAAGGUGGUGAUAAAGAGUCUAUUUUACGGAGUAACUUGCAAUACGCUUCUCUAAGUGCUCUGAGAAGACUGCCACUUGAUCUUGGCAAUCCAGCAUUUCUGCACCGAGCUGUCCAAGGGAUUGAAUUUUCUGACCCAGUUGCAGUAAGGCAUGCCUUGUCAAUUAUAUCGGAAAUUGCUGUUAGAGAUCCAUACUCUGUUGCAAUGGCAUUGGGCAAAAACGCACAGCAUGGUGGAGCUCUUCAGGACAUCCUUCAUUUGCAUGAUGUUCUUGCAAGAGUGUACCUUGCAAAGUUGUGCCAUUCAAUAUCUAGGGCUCGUGUACUGGAUGAGAGGCCUGACAUAAAGUCACAGUACAGUUCUCUCCUUUAUCAACUUCUUUUGGAUCCAAGUGACAGAGUCUGUUUUGAGGCUAUACUCUGUGUUCUGGGAAAAGUUGACAACACAGAAAGCACUGAGGACAGAGCUGGCGGAUGGAUUCGGUUAACUAGAGAAAUUCUCAAAUUGCCUGAGGCCCCUUCUGUAGCAUCAAAGGGUAUUCUGUCAAAAGCCAGUGAAAAAUCUUCGAAAGCAAGGCGUCCUCAACCCCUCAUCAAACUUGUAAUGAGAAGACUGGAGAGCUCUUUCCGUAGCUUUUCCCGCCCUGUUCUUCAUGCUGCUGCAAGAGUAGUCCAGGAAAUGGGUAAAAGUAGAGCAGCUGCCUAUGCGUUGGGUGCUUAUGAUGAGGGAGCAAAUCUUCAAGCUUAUUCAGACAAUGCUGAUUCUCUUGAUUCUGAUCUUAAUGAGAACUCGCAACCUGAAGCUACCCGGAAAGCUAAACCACUAUCGAACGGACAUGGUGGAUUGGACACAGUAGCAGGAUUACUAGCAUCACUAAUGGAAGUAGUGCGGACAACUGUAGCAUGCGAGUGUGUAUAUGUUCGAGCGAUGGUCGUCAAAGCUUUGAUAUGGAUGCAAAAUCCACAUGAGUCUCUUGAUGAAUUGAAAUCUAUCAUUGCUUGUGAGCUGUCUGACCCAGCCUGGCCUUCUUCUCUCCUGAAUGAUGUCCUGCUAACCCUACAUGCUCGGUUCAAGGCAACCCCUGAUAUGGCUGUGACUCUGCUUGAGAUUGCUAGAAUUUUCGCUACGAAAGUUCCUGGAAAGAUUGAUGCUGAUGUUCUACAACUGUUAUGGAAGACAUGCCUUGUAGGAGCAGGACCAGAUGGAAAACAUACAGCCUUGGAAGCUGUGACAAUAGUCCUUGAUCUGCCACCACCUCAGCCUGGUUCAAUGUCUGUGCUCACGUCUGUUGAUAUGGUUUCUGCCUCAGAUCCAAAAUCUGCAAUGGCACUGCAAAGAUUAGUUCAAGCUGCUGUUUGGUUUCUGGGAGAAAAUGCAAACUAUGCUGCAUCUGAGUAUGCAUGGGAAUCUGCAACGCCUCCUGGCACUGCUCUAAUGAUGCUUGAUGCUGAUAAAAUGGUUGCUGCAGCAAGUUCCCGUAAUCCUACACUUGCUAGCGCGCUAACACGGCUCCAAAGAUGUGCAUUUAGUGGCAGCUGGGAGAUCCGUAUCGCUGCUGCUCAGGCCCUGACCACCAUUGCUAUAAGGUCUGGUGAACCUUAUAGACUGCAGAUAUAUGAGUUUCUCCAUGCUUUGAGUCUGGGCGGUGUGCAGUCAAACUUUUCAGAAUUGCAGCUAAGUAAUGGGGAAAACCAAGGUGCUAGUGGUACUGGUCUUGGAUCUUUGAUAAGCCCAAUGCUGAAGGUCUUGGAUGAAAUGUAUAGAGCUCAAGAUGAGCUUGCUAGGGACAUCCGUCAGCAUGAUAAUAGCAAACAAGAAUGGAGUGAUGAUGAACUGAAGAAACUUUAUGAAACCCAUGAGAGGCUUCUUGAUUUUGUUUGUUUAUUCUGUUUUGUUCCAAGGAUCAAAUACUUGCCUUUAGGUCCUACCAGUGCCAAGCUCAUUGAGAUCUACCGCAAUCGGCAUAACAUCAGUGCCUCUGUCGGUCUAAGUGACCCUGCUGUUGCAACCGGAAUAUCUGACCUCAUGUAUGAGUCCAAAGAAGUACAUAAAGAGACCAGUACUAUGCAGUCUGGAAUUGACCCUGAUUUAGCCAUGGCCUGGGCAGCAGGUUUGGAAGAUGAUGAUUGGGCAAACAAUGCCCCAGCUGUGGACAAAGUAAAGGACUUCCUUGCGGGUGCUGGAACUGAUGCUCCUGAUGUGGAUGAUGAGGAGGAGUACAUGAAUUCUAGGCCGUCAGUCGGUUAUGAUGAUAUGUGGGCCAAGACAAUUCUUGAAACAUAUGAGGAAGAUGAUGGGAGGUCUUCUGGUGGGUCCUCACCUGAGUCAACUGGUUCUGUGGAGACAUCCAUAUCGUCCCAUUUUGGUGGCAUGAACUAUCCGUCCUUGUUUAGUUCAAAACCACCAAGUUAUGGGGCUUCGCAACAAACGAUACGUGAAGAACCACCAUCAUAUUCAACAUCUGUCCUACAGAAGCGUGAGUCGUUUGACAACCCCCUUGCUGGGCGUGGGAGCCGAAGUUCUGGAUCACACGAGGAUACCGAGAAGAGUUCCAGUUCCGGGAAUCCUCAAUCUGGGAAAGCACUGUAUGACUUCACAGCAGGUGGCGAUGAUGAGUUGAGUUUGAACUCUGGAGAAGAUGUCGAUAUCGAAUAUGAGGUUGAUGGUUGGUACUACGUAAAGAAAAAGAGAGCUGGAAGGGAUGGGAAGAUAGCAGGUCUGGUGCCUGUUUUGUAUGUGAGCUCGUGAUAGCAAUGAACCUUGUGACAUAUUAUUCUGAAGAGCUGGCUGGAGUAAAUAGACCUAAGCGUGGCACACAUAAAGCUUUUAUGAUGUGCGUACUGGAGCUGCUAACAUUUUACAGGCACACAGGCUUGUGGAAGGAUAUAUCCAAUCAUCUUGAUGGUUCUAUGAUGCAGUUUUGUCAGCUUUUCAUACUGCCAGGUCAUUCAAUUCAUUGUUUAUGUGUGGAUAAGCAUUUGGAUGAACGGUUUAACCUUUCAUCUUCUCCGAUCUGCUCCACUGGUUAUACUUGAAGGAUUCCGUUGCUCUCUUCUUCAGUCGUCCCAUCCGUUGUGCAAUAUAUCGCAUUGUAAUUGUAGAACUAUAUUAGCUGUGGAGAGGCUGUAGUAAACUGUAGCGCCCGAGUUUCCCCACGAUUCUUUUGGCCUUGUGUAUGGUGUGAAACGUGUGAUUCAGUAGUAAGUAGUGGUGUUGUAUCGAUUUGUGUAAAAUUUUGUAUUCUGGUGGAACAAGGAUACAUGAGAAUAUAUACCAAUAGCGAAGUGACAUGCAUACAUUGUA